AUGUCUUCCGCCGACGGUUACGGGUACGACUACGAUUCCCCACCUCGAGGUGAUCGCCGCCAGAGAGUAGCGAAAACAGACCAAUCGAGUGACAGCGGCGAGCCUAGGUGGGUAACUCCGGGGAUGUUCGAGCACUUGAAGCGCAUUCAGGCGGCGCACAUGCGCAGGGGAGACGCGGGGGACGCGCCGGGCGCGCGGAGACUUCUUGACCUGCACGGUGCAGAGACAGGGGACGACGCGGUUGAAGCAGGGGCGCAGAGUGACAACGUGGAUUCUACUUCUAGCGGGGACGCCGCUGAUUCGCGCAACAAGGGCAUGUUUACUGCCCUGGGCAUCACCGUCCGCAACAAAGCAGGCCCAGUGGGUCAGCAGGCGGUGGCCCUGCGCUCCCUCCUUUCUCUCCCCCACUGCAGGAGCCAACAAGGGCAUGUUUACAGCCCUUGGAAUCACCGUGCCAACAAAGGCAGGUUUACGGCCCUCGGAAUAACAGUGCGCAACACGGCCGGGACACUGGGCCAGCAAGCAAUAGCCCUGCGCUCAGAAGACCUCUCAGCAUUCUUCGAGUGUGAGUUAGACGGCAACCAGGACACGCUCUACCCGCACAGCACAUUUCCCCCUCUUCUCUUCCCCCCGUUCCCCCCCUGCUCUUUCCCCCUUUCCGCCCUGCUAUCCGCCCAUCCUCCCCUCUCCCAGGAGAUCCAACCAGACGGGUGGAUCACGUGGGGCACAUACACCGUGAAGCUUCACUCCCCCCCGCUCCCCCAAUUUCUCCCCCUGCUCUCCCCCUCCCCUGUUUCCCCCUGCUCUCCCCCCUUCCCCUCCCCUGCCAGGAAAUCCGACCAGACAGGUGGAUCACGUGGGGCACUGACACCAUGA